GCGUAUCACACAGAGAGACGAGUGAGCGAUCUGAGGAGAGUGAGACAAAGGAGGACAAAGUGACGCAGGGGAGUAGCGACAGGAUAUGAGCGGAACAGCAGUUCACACGACGGAUCGGUACUCAUUGCAUGUGGUAGGGAGAUUAGACGGACCAUUGGUGUUAGUGAUCGUAGAGCUCCAACUCCAUAGUAGACUAUGCAUAGUUGAGGAGGCGGAGUGUGUUCGACGAGCCCUACGUGAGGCAAGGGGGACAGGACUUUGGAUCGGAUUAGAAGGAGGACGGAGGAUAAAAUACGUGCUCCGAGUGACACCCUUUGAAGGACGGUCGCGGAUAAGGGCAUGGUAUGAGACGACCGGAGAGGCUGAGAGGUUGAAGAUAAGCGAGGUCAGGAAAGCUGGGGAGUUAGGGAGAGUUGUAACAGACGGUGCCAUACUCAGGGUGUUAGCUGCUCACAAUAGGUACUGGAAGGAGACGAUAACGAUUUUAGAUACCAUACAAGAUGAUGUAGAUAAGGAGGAUUUUGAGACGUUCUAUGACAUGUUGGAGCAGUCGGCGAUGAGGGUCUAUGGUAUCACGGAAUAUCUGGAGAAGUGGGAGCUUCAUGCCUGCCGGAGUCGGUGGUCAGAGGAAGAGAUUAUAGAGAACUUCCUAUUUAAUGUAGACCCAUGUCUCGGAAGGGAAGUCAAAGGAGAUCGACCGAAGGAUGGAAGAUGGGCUACUUACAAGAAGAACCUCGUGGAGCUUUAUAAAUUAGAGGAUAACAAGUAUUCCAUCAAAGACUUAGAAACAAUAACUCAAGAAGAAGAUGAGAGCAUGCGAGCAUUUGGUAUGCGUUUCCAAAAGAUCUCCGACGUGCUGAUGAAGAAGGGGAAGAUCUCCGAAGUCGAGCGCUGUACUAUCUUCAUAGGACUCUUGUCUAAAGGUAGGCAAAAAAGUAUACUUAGAGAUCUUCCUCGAGACAGGCUUGAUUUUCCUGAAGUCCUAAAGCUCACGAUAAAGGCAGAGGCUGAUGAUUACAAGGACUUGGUGUGGAGGGGGAUAAGAAGACGUGACUUCUCUCUCUACAAGGAGUAUGCCACGGAUAGAUGUCCUGAUUUCAAGGACUAUCCCUGGUCGGAGAAUAAUGAGGCCGUGGCAGAGGAAGUGAAGGAGAUACGGGAUAUGGUCAAGGGAUUAACGAGGCAGGUUACUGAGAUUGUAUCCACUACAGGGGUCACGGCAUACCGAGACAAACCUGGAGGGCCCUAUUCACUUCGCUGGGACCGUAGGAACAGUGAUCCCUGGAGGAGCGUCGAGGAUAGAAACCCUCGGACGCUGACUGAAUAUAGAAUGAGAGAAAGAGAGAGAGACGAUGAGGCAUGGCGACGUAGGGACGAUGAGAUAGACCGAGACCGCAGAGAUCGCGAGCUGUUUGUGCGAGCAAGGAGGCUAGAUGAUUACCCCCGAAGCCCUCGCUAUGACGUCGAUCGGGGUAGAGGCAACUCCCGCGGCAGAUACGAGAGAUCGGACCGGGACGGAUAUAGGGACGACAUAUAUGAGAGGUCGGGUCGAGAUGGCUACAGAGAAAGUAGAUAUCAGAGAGGAGAUAGGGACUGGGAACGACAAGAAGGGUCACGUGGACGGUUUGAGCGCGGGGGAGAAGCGAGAGAGCAGCGCGACGAGAUGCGAGGAUGGUACAACCGAGGGGACCGACGCGAUGAGUCACGAGGACACUAUGACUCGAGGGACCGCCGGAAUGACUCGCGAGGGCAGUAUGAGCAAGGAGGGUCUGGAGGAGACAGGCGCAACGAUUCGCGCAGUCGGAAUGAGAGAGGGGGAUAUGGUGUCUCAUCAGAACCAUAUCCAAAGGGCGACUCACGGCACACGGAAACGCAAGCAGCACCGCGGACGGCACAUGGAAAUGCAAGAUGAAUCUCACGCCCGCGACUAUGUUUAAAACUGCCAUGCACCCCAAAAAAAAAUUCCACAAGUGGACUAAUUCUAAG